AUGCCUGUCCGUCUCCCUCCAUCUCAGUCCUCAGCAGAAGAGCCCAUUGAGAUGGAGGACAAUGGCAUUUCGGGGAAUUCCUCGAGGCAGAGACUCCUCCAACCUCGAGCACGCGAUGCCCGUGGACGGCUCACCGGAUUGGCCUCUCACACCUUGGGCCUGAUUCUUCUGCUUGUCGUCGUCUUCCUAUGGACCAUGUCCAAUUUUCUCGGUAGUAGUAUAUUCGCUGACAACACUUAUGCCAAACCCUUCUUUCUGACUUAUCUCAAUACUUCGACCUUCAUGCUGGGCAUGAUUCCUACACUCCUCCAGAUCGCAUAUAGACGGCAUCGGAACCAUGGUGAUUUGUACGAUAUGAUUCGCACGAGCGUGUUGCAGACAGUCAAGAGAACAGGCUAUCGACGACUGUCGAUCAUUGACGGUACACAAGGUGAUGAAGACGGGCAGGACUUUGAGUCCGAGACAUUCAUUCAGAAACCCAGCAGGAAUGGUUCCAGCGCGGACAUCGGCCGUCCGGGGCAUGACGGUGUGGAAGAAGGGGAUAAACAUCUGGGAAUCAUGCCGACGGCCAGGCUGGCCUUUGCCUUUUGCAUCCUCUGGUUCAGCGCCAACUACUUUGCUAUGGCUUGUUUGAAGUACACCACGGUGGCAUCCACCACUAUUCUGACCUCAACCUCGAGUUUCUGGACGCUCUUCAUCGGCGCCUUGACAGGGACGGAGAAGUUCACCUGGCGGAAACUCUGUGGCGUCCUGGCAUCGUUUGCAGGGAUCAUGCUGAUCUCGAGCGUGGACUUUUCAGGCAACGCGGACGGUGCAUCUCCCGAUUCACCGCCAGCGGGGGAGAGAGCGAUCCUCAGACGCGAGGACACGUUCCCGGACAAGUCGCCCUCUGAACUCGCCCUGGGGGACGCCUUUGCAUUGUUGUCCGCCAUCAUCUACGGCGUCUACACCGUCACCCUGAAGAAGACGACGCUGAAGGCGCUGCCGCGAUCUCUCAAUAUGCCCCUUUUCUUCGGCCUGGUCGGCACGUGCAACUUGAUCCUCCUCUUCCCGCUUUUCCCCAUUUUGCAUUUCACGGGCCUCGAGCCCUUCGCCUUCCCUCCCUCCAGGAGAAUCUGGACGAUCCUGCUCAUCAACAGCUGCGCGAGUUUCUUUUCGGACCUCUGCUGGGCGUAUGCCAUGGUAUUGACCUCUCCACUUCUGGUGACGGUGGGGCUGAGCCUCACAAUCCCUCUUUCUCUGGUCGGCGAAAUGGUCCUCCAGGGCCAUUAUGAGGGCUGGGUAUACUGGGUCGGUGCGGGGGUUGUGGUCGGCAGCUUCUUGUUCAUUGACCAGCAGGAGAAGAAGGAGGAGGUCUCGCACGGCGGCUCUAGCCGUGGCAUCGAGGCCCUGCGCGAGGAAUACGACGAGAAUGAUGACGGUGCUGCCGCCACUUCUACUGCUGGUGGUGCUGGUGAGGUAUUCUCCAGCACGGCAGGAAACAGCUAUGGCGUUGAUGGGCACGGCUACGGGCAUAGACACGGGUCCUGA